AUGGCCUUAGGAAGCGAUUCUACACAUACGUUUUUGUUGCCGCCAUAUGUCCAACCUCAAAUAAGUACUCAGAUAACAGACUCUGAAUGGGAUAGCGCGUUAAAACUUUGGACCGUGUCUCUGUCUCUUCUGCUCAAAUCAGACGACGAGCAAUUCGCCAUUCAAUUAUGUGAAAAUGCCUCUUUGAAGAAAUUUCUCGAGACCUUUCUUCAAAUACGCGCCAAGAUUCACGAGACCACUAGUGAUUCGAUGCCUCAGCAAGUAACAGAGCUAGAGAAGAAAGUCUUGGCAGUACUAUUACGAUCCGUUGAGCGCAGUAUCAUGUAUGAAUCCAUAACUCUUGCGGAAAGUCUCUACAACACGAAACUGUUUUCCGUUCCAUUCCUGUUAGAUUUUGUAAUAAUAUAUGCUAAAUCUAAUCGUGGCUAUUCGAGACAGUUUGUCGAGAAUGUGAUUGACAUUAUACCUGCGUUGCCACAUGAUUUUAAGGAAUAUUCGAACGUUAUAAUUGAUCAUGUUAUGUCUGUACAACAAGCUUGUGAAAAAGUAUCAUCACUGGUAGUAGACCUGAAUGAUAACGCUGAAGUAUUGAUGGCAGCCUUAGAAGAGAUGCGUGGUUACAUCUUCUUGAUGAUGGAUAUAGCAAUAACGAUGGAUUGUCUGUUUACAGCAUCAGACACUGUUACCAAGUUAUUUAUUAAUAGAUCUCAUGUUAACGAAGACGAAGAUUUUAUAUCCGUUAUUAGGAAUCUAUAUGAUGCAACAUUGCCCAUAGUUUUGGGUUUAAUACAGGGGCCUAAUGCAGUAGUUGAGAUCACAAGAGAUGUCAAUAUAUUGAAGCAAGCCUUAGCUUCAUGUAUUUAUCGUUUACUGUAUGAGUGUUUCUUCGUCCCGUUAGGAUUUACGACUGGCGAAGUCGAUACGAUUACAUCGACGUUGGGUAACGGGAAUCAAUACAGUGAUGAUGACAAUGCUAAUGUGAUAGUCAAUAGCCUCAAUGAUAUUCUCUUCUCGUUUAUUGAACGUUCAGAGUCGUUUAAAUCUGUUCAGACAUUUGUGGAUGCACCUCUUCUCCUGGAUAUCGAGAUGGAAUUUAAUUUGAGUCAGAAGCUUACAAGAAUAAAAAACGAUAUUCUUCAUGGAUAUCCUUUUGAUAAAACGCGCAAUGUUCGUUGA